AUGUCCGACGCAGACUAUGCAGCGUUCCUGGACAAGGCCAACCAGGACCCCAACGAGGGCUAUGUCAAGUCGACAGGCAACAAGAGCACCGAGUUCAAGGCGCAGGACCAGGGUAUUGAGGUGCCCAAGGCGAUCGAGGAGGUGCUGAAGCAGGACAAGGUGUACGUUUCCGACGCGGACGAGCCAUUCGUCGGCGUUGCGCUGGCGUGGGAUGAGGCUGGCAAGGGUUUGCCUGAUGAAGUCGAAUUUGCGCAGCUGAUCGAACACCCGGACCCUGAGAACGCGGGCGUGGAGCUCCAGGACCCCGUGGACUGGGACUCGAACGGAGACUAUAAGGACAUCAUCGAAGCGGUGCGCAAGGCAGGCAAGGGCAACGACGUCAGGGUCUACCAGGUGCCCAAGGGCGGCGUCAGGACGGAGUACUGGCUUGUUACAACGGACGGGAAGGGAAAGAACGCAAAACUUGUCGGCGUCAAGGCGCUGUCUGUGGAAAGCUGA